CUAGGAUUCAGAGAGAUGAGGUCUUGAGCAAUAUGGUACUGAGCUGGUUGUAAUAGCCCAGUGUUGUUAAAUUACACGGAGUGCAUGCAUUUGUCCUUGUGGUACAUUCAUCUUCUGAAUCCGAUGUGGAACAACUGCACUUCGUUAUUCCUAUUAUUCAUUUUUUGUACUGGAUUCAACUCGCACAUGGAGCUGAAGGUUUUCACACCAUUGCCCCACAACUCUACUUUGCGCCUGGUGAAAGUCGACGGAUAGUACAGUACUGUACACUAUGAUUGUAUGGAAACAUGCCUAACUCCCUGUCCUCCCCCACUCCAGCUGCCAGCCAUAACCUGGAAAUAAAGCCACGCUGAAAAUGACGUGAAAAUAAAUAAUGCAAACUGGGGAGUGCAUCUUGUCUCCGCAGAUGCGAUGUGUAUUUGUUGAGAAUACCCAGCUGUGUUUCUAAUGGGGGGGUGAUGUUGUUCCCUGAAAGGUUGCGGUUGGAUCAGGAGCACCGGCGAAUUAUAUUGACACCAUCUGAAAUUGACAUUGCUAUUAUCGGAUCAUCGACUACAGUGACCUGGAUGUGAAAUCCACAUAGGCCGAAUCUCAGUCUAUUUGACAGCACAGGAUCAAAACCCAUCUCGAAAGCGACGAGGUUGAUGUUAGGGAGUUGCUAGCUAUCGCGUCAGCAGGACUUGAUUCCGUCGUUUGUAAAAAUCAGCAUUGCUACUGAUAGGUAGACUAAUGAUGGACAUGGUCCGACGUGCAACGUUAGCCAGCUACUGUAGCUAACCAACAGGAAGGAAUGGAAAAGUGCUGUCAUAUGUUUUAGCUAGCUACGCUGGAAAACGGGUAUAAGAGCGCUAACUAGCUAGCAAUGUAUUUCAAUCCGCACAAAUUCCUACAUUCUAACUAGCUAGCCAGUUUGCUUCGCUAGAUACACAUUUUGUACCGUAUAAUCUUGUGAAUAUUUACUGUUCGCGUAUUCCCACAUUCCAGUCUUGAAUUUUUUUGCAUUUGGGAAGUUAAACAUUGAAAGCUUUCUAGAUUUAUAAUAGAUUGCUAGAAAAAAACAGUGACCAGUAGCGAGUUACAUUAAUUUAUCAACAAUGGCUGAAGAGGCGUUUCCUUUACAUUUUCUGGUUUGGAACAACCAGUACAUUGAACUUGAACGAGAACUACAGAAAAAUGAGGAGAAUGUGGAGCGCUUGGACCCGCGGGGGCGCACCCCUCUGGAGCUUGCCGUGUGUCUGGGCCACCUGGAAUCCACCCGUGUGUUGCUCAGAUACUCCGCAAACCCGACGCACUGCAACGCGCAGAGCUGGACUGUUUUGCAGGAGGCUGUCAGCACAGGGGACCCUGAGCUUUGUCAGCUGGUGCUGCAGUACAGAGAUUUCAAGCGCGCUACAGAGAGGCUGGCCGGCAUCCCAGAGCUUCUCAGCAAGUUAAGACAGGCUCGGGAUUUUUACGUGGAGAUGAAGUGGGAGUUCACCAGUUGGGUGCCCCUGGUCUCCAAGGUGUGCCCUAGUGAUGUGUACCGCGUUUGGAAGAGCGGUUCGUGUCUCCGGGUGGACACCACGCUACUGGGCUUCGAGCACAUGACCUGGCUCAAGGGCAGGCGCAGCUACAUCUUCAAGGGCGGAGAGAAUGGUGCGGUGGUGAUGGAGGUCGACCACGACAAGCAGGUGGUGUACACCGAGCCCCUGUCUCUCUCCACACGGGAUGCUCCAUCUCUACUGGCCGCCAUGCUGCCCACCCAGGAGAACACCGCUCAGAGGCUCACCUCCCCCAUCGUCUCCACCCACCUCAACACACGCAACAUUGCCUUCGAGAGGAACAAGUCUGGUAUUUGGGGCUGGCGCUCUGAGAAGAGUGAGUCAGUCAGUGGCUAUGAGGCGAAGGUUUACAGUGCCACUAAUGUGGAGUUGGUGACUCGAUCAAGAACAGAGCACCUGUCAGACCAGGACAAGUCAAGGAGCAAAGGAAUCAAGACUCCUCUUCAGUCCUUCCUGGGGAUAGCGGAGCAGCAUAUCACUCCCAACGGGACUAAUGUGUCUCAGUGCGCCAGCCCCCACAACCCCACAGCCAUCACAGCUGAGGAGUACUUCAACCCAGAGUUCCAACUCAACGAGCGGGACAUAGGGCGCCCCGUGGAGCUUACCAGCAAAGUCCAGAGGUUCAAGGCCACCUUGUGGCUGAGUGAGGCACAUCCUCUAUCACUGGCUGAGCAGGUUACGCCCAUCAUUGACCUGAUGGCCAUCUCCAAUGCCCACUUUGCCAAAUUACGGGACUUCAUCACCCUGAGCCUGCCGCCCGGCUUCCCGGUCAAAAUAGAGAUCCCUCUGUUUCAUGUGUUGAAUGCUAGAGUAACCUUCAGUAACCUGUGUGGCUGUGAUGAGCCCGUCAGCUCUGUGACUUUACGCACCCCGGAGGAGCCCUCAGAGGCUGGGAAGGCCCCCCACCCCUUCCACUGCGUGGUGGACCCAUCUGUGUUUGAACCGCCCCCGGACUACACCACACUUGGUCCGGGCCGCAGCGAGCCAAUGAGAGAUGAGGAUGACAAUUUGCUUCAGUUUGCCAUCCAGCAGAGUCUGCUGGACGCAGGCACAGAAAGUGACCAGGUCACCAUAUGGGAGGCUCUGACGAACAGUCGUCCGGUGUCUGGGCACAUACAGUCUCCACUGUACGAGGACGACUCCCAGCUGGAGAGAGCCAUUCAGGAGUCUCUGUCGAUUUCAUUGGCUGGCUGUGAGGAAGGAGUGCCUGGGAAUCCCGGCCCUCCCCUGUCAGUCUCUCCGUCGGAGCCUGGAGCCAACUCCCCCCCCGCCUACAGCUCCGUGGCUGAGCCGCGGUUGCCGGGGCCCUUCGGCGUGUCGAGCCAAUUCGACGAGCAGCUACGCAUCGCCAUGGAGCUGUCGUGCCGGGAGCAGGAAGAGAUGGACAGGGCAAGGCAGGAAGAAGAGGAGGAGCUGGAGAGGAUAAUUCAGCUGUCCCUCUUGGAGAAGUAGCCUCGACAGCGUACACAGACUUGAUCGUAGAGAACAAAUGUGUUAAUUUAUUGUUUUUGUUCAUGUUAAGUUAUUAUUAUUUUAUUGUUCGUUUGGUUGUUUUUCUGGUACGAUGUCUUAAUGGGUCACAGAGGGGUUGUGGCCAGACGUCAGUGAGGAGGGGUGCUCCUGGUCGUAAGGCUGGGCUAAAGCUACACGGUGGGUACUGCUAACUGCCAUUUCCGCGCUCACCUGAUCUGUGGGAAUGGUUGGUUAGAGGAAUGAAAGGGGAGGCUCUAUGGAGAGACAGAGUGAUGGGAAAACUAGAAGAGAAUCUGUGAGGGUAGAUAUGCUCUCUAAGCCCUUGACUGGAUGAAGAGUGAAAAAAACACUUCAUGCUCUUUUGCUUUAAUUUGUCCUGCGCUGCUGUCAUUUGAGUGAUAAGAUCCUUUGACCUAUCAGACAAACUAAUAAUAGUGAUAUACGAUUUAACAAAUGCUUAUAUAAUUAUGGAUACAAAUGUCUAUGACUACGAUGUUAUGUUGGUUGACUAUUGAUGUGCUAAAAUACAUUUAUUCAUUAUUCCUGAAA